UUGUAAUAAUAUUUCACAAACCAAAAUUAAAGGAUUUAUGUAGUCCUACUUUAUAUUAUUUUAAAAAUCAUUUUAUCUAAGUCAUUUUGAUUUCAAAUUAUUAUUAUUUAUUGGCAUAAGCAUUUUCUUUAAAACUUCUAUGUCAAUUGUAUUUUUUCUGAUAAUCAAUAAAACAUGUUUGCAUAAUUAUUCCUAAUAUUGUUUACUUGUCAUUUAUUAUUCCACUAUAUAUUACUUUACAUUGAUAACUUCUUUGAAAAUAUUUUUUCCAAAGCAAAAGUUCCAAAUGUUAGUUAUAAUUGUAAACAUAGUAAAAGACUAUAUCAUGAAAGAUAUUAUGUUUGAAAAUUGAAUCAUUUAUAGAUAUAUGACUCUGUUUUGGUCAUACAAAUUGAUUAAUUUAUUUGCAUUUUUUGUCCUCUUUUCUUAUCUUUUCUUUUUACCUUAGAUUUGUUGUCAUGGUACAAAGAAUCUUUGCUUUGUUUUAGAAAUAUCUUUGCUUUGUUUUAGAAAUAAUUAAGCAAGUAAUCAAAAUGUAAUUAAGAGUAAUACAGAUGAGAUGUAUGCAUGAAUGGAUGCAUAGCCUAUUAACCAUGUAUGGUUAAACUACAUAUAUAUGUAAAUACGAUGAAUAGAUUAAAACACAGGAAGGACACCACUUACUUUAGUAAAGAAAACAAGUUAUUUAUAUUAUAUCUUUUAAUAGACAAUAUUGUAUUUAGAGUAAUAUUAAUGAAAAUAGAGAGCAAAUGACGGAGUUAUAAAGGGGUAAACCUCCUAAAAUUUCAAAAGAAACAAAUUAGAAAAUAGAAUCACUAUUUCUGCUGUGUGCGUUGUGGGUAAGCACCCAGUCUUCAGGAUAAUACAUGGUGACAACACUGUCAACGUUCUACCGUUCACUGUAGGAAUCUGAAAGGGCUCUCAAUUGGGCACACCUAUUGUUACUCGUAUUCAAACGUCAAUAGAAACGUAUGGCUGAGUGUCCCUCCCAAAGGAGAUGAAAGGACUUCUGAGCUUAUGAGACGUUUCAAUACUAACAGUCAAGCUCGUUUCUCCUCAAUUUGUAUGUAAGUUAUACACACACAUCAAUGCCGGUUGUUGUCCUCACGGACUCUACCCAAAUCGUUGCUCGUGCCAUUGACAUAUUCUAAUAAAAGUGACUUGAGCUGCCAGGCACCCACUGCUACUAUGACCAUCGAUGAAAAGAUUCUCGCUAUUCAGGACAAGAAAGAACAGAAUGCUGCAGUCAUGAAGAUGCUCUCCAUGAACUUAUGGAGAAGAGUCAAUGCAGGUUACAACAUACCUAGAAGACAGCCUUGUAGUCAGUUCAAACUCGAUUUUCCAGAUGACCCAGCGCUGAAAAUUGUUGGCCCCAAACUGCAUAAUCGGAAGCGCGACGCUUUUACGAACUACACAGAAGCCGUCCGUCGCUUUGACCAGAUGAUCAAGAAACCACCAGCCAAACCCCAACCAUAUGUGCCCUUGGAAGUUAAGAUGGAGCAGAAGAGGAAGAGGAUAAACGAAAGGAAGGCCCAUCAAUUAGCAGCUCUGAAGAAGGUAGGUGCUAUACCCGUUACAGCUGGUACCAAAAAGUAGCUCAAAUAUCGUGCUUGAAU